UGUUAAGCAAGGGGAGGUAACUAUAAACAUAGAAACAAACAAACACAUCUUAAAUAUUAUGUUUGAUGUUGACAGUUUUGUGUUUGUCGGAAUAACAAUCCGUAAAUUUGAAGAGCUGGAAGUUAUGCUGAAGUUAACGUGAAGUGAAGACACAGUAGAAACGUAUUUAUUCUUUAAUACAUUGUCAGAAAAACACAAACUUUAAACAAUCUAUUAGUUUUUUCAAAAUGGCAACAUCACAGAGAAAGAGUCAAGAACAAUUUAUUCAGAAUUUGACCAAAAAAAGCAAAAAUGGAACAUGUCUUCCAUGUAGAUUUUCUCCUCCAGAGAUUGCGUCCCUGUUAAAUAUGUUCCAACAACUGUGUGGCUCAAACAGUAAAUUAGACAGAUCAUCCUUUCGUGAUGUUCUCAUGACCCGUUUUAAAAUCACUGAUGAUUUUAUCAUGGAUCGCGUUUUCCGGGCUUUCGAUACUGACAACGAUGGUUAUUUGAAGGCUGAAGAGUGGAUAUGUGGUCUGUCAAUAUUUUUAAAGGGUAGAAUGGAAGAUAGAAUUAGAUAUUGUUUCUGUGUUUACGAUUUAAAUGGUGAUGGUUAUAUUUCACGUGAAGAGAUGUUCCAUAUGUUGAAGCGUUGUCUUGUGAAACAGUCAACAGAAGAGGACCCUGAUGAAGGUGUGAAAGAAUUGGUAGAAAUUGUCCUGAAGAAACUCGAUAUCGAUCAUGAUGGAAAAUGUUCAGUAAAAGAUUUCCGUACGGCUGUAGAGGGUGACAGUUUAUUAUUAGAAAGCCUUGGUCAGUGUCUGCCUUGUGAUACACUUUUAGAAGAUUUCUUGCAACUGAUUCACGGAAAGUUGACCACUAAAAACUUUUAGUGAGAGACGUUCAAUUUGGUUAUCCUUAUUAAUUGUGGUUUCCUGGUUUUUAAAAAAGGAUUUCCCAAUGUUUAGUUAAAAUAAUAUCCAACUGAAUUAUGCUAGCGAUGUUUUAAUAUUUAUGCAUUUUCCCAUUGUUCUUUUUUCAUAUCUUUAUAAGUGUAAUGACUUCAGUAUUAUUUAUGAGAUAAUGCCAAAAUUACAAACAGAACAAUAGGUCACAAAAUAUUUUCAGAAACAAAAUAAAAAAGAUAAAUUUUUCUUGAGAUAUUCACCUUGUUCUAUUGUUAUUCAAAAAUAUUUUCCCAGUUUUAUAUUGAGAAAUUGUCUGUUAAUCUUAACUAGGGAUAAUGAUCUAGAAUUCAAUCGCAGUUUUAAUUGUUAUCUUGUUUUUAAUGUGUAUAAUAUAUUGUACAGAACUACAGAUAAUAGGUAAUAUUCCUCAAGCAAUAGUAACUUUAUGUAAUUCUGCCUUGUAACAUACAUUGGCAAACAAAUUUUUAAUUUCUCCUGUGUAUAUUUUGUUCUUUUUAUAUAAACUUAUACUACAUACAACAUGCUUAAUAAUAGUCUGAAUUUUAUAAACUAGCCGUUGCCAUGCAAGAUACGCCCACAUUUAGCAAUAGAUGAAUGGAGAACAGGGAAAAUCUUAUGGCUUGUCCUCUAAUUGUCCCAAUCGAAAUUGAAAAAUUACUGUUGCCUCUAUCGUGUUCAAAAGGUUUUCAAAAAGGGGGGGAUAACUUCGAAACAGAUCGGGGGCGGGGGGGGGGAUGGCCGAAUGGUUAGCAUGUGCUCGCUGUAUCAUAAGGCCUGUCAUUGAGUCAUCUGGCGUGGUUUCGAAUCCCCAGUUGUACGUGACAAGGAGUAAGGUCGCCUGUCCAAACUCGUGGGUUUUCUCCGGGUCCUCCGAUUUCCUCCCACUGCUAAAGACCCCUACGCGCAAGCGAAUUAUUAAAAUAAAAAAUUAAAAACCAUGUUAGUCCUGAAAUGACCUAGUUUGUGUUGAGUGGACCUUAAGCCCCAUUUCUAUCUCUAUCUAUCUCGAAACGGGUCACAUAACACUGAAUAUCAAUGGGAUUCAUCCUCUCAUGACCUAAGUGUUACACACCAAAUUUGAAAUAAAUCUGUUAAAAACUG